GAAUAAAAUAUCUAGCGAAAUAUUGUGUAAGCAUAUAAUCAUGAUGUGUCCGCGUGAAGGAUAUAUGUGAGUAGACUCGCAGAUUGUGUGAGAGUGUGUGUGGGUGCACGACGAAAUGUCUUGAAGGUGCUUCAACCAGAAUUAGUUAAAAUGGAUUCAGAUUUACUGCUUUUUAAUUGUAAGCUAGGCUAUUUUGGUGGACUGAGUGCAGGCGAUUAUACAUUUUUCUGCGUUCAUAUAGCCAUAUAAUUAUAGCACCGCAUCCACUAUACGGCCCCCGAUUGACACCAUGCCUGUUGAUGCUUCGGACGAGUGCUCUUCGUCAAAGGAUCCUCGAUAUCAGGUAUUUUGGGGCGGUUUGGAGCUUAUUAUGAGAGAGUGAAUAGUACCUGGUAUAUUAUGAAAAGGUUCCCCACCCUAUAAAGAAGAGCAGAAGGCUGUAACACAGUUUAGGCUGUGUACUGUAUGGUUGUCUGGAUAAAGUUGUACAACAACAUAUCAUACCAGGCUUUUGCCAGACAAUCCUUUCUCGGAUUCGGCGACACCCAAGCAAGAUAAGAUAGUUGUGUGCCCUUGAGUUCGACCUCCGUUCGCUAAAAAGGAUAUCCCUGCAUUUGUUAUAUUGGAACCUUAAUUCUAAAUAGCAAAUCAAAAUGGCUAACAGCACAGAAGAGAUCUGCACGGCCACAGAUAGCGACCAUUUCUUCCUGAUCGUCAUGUCAUGUGUCAUCUUUUUGAUGCAGAUGGGUUUCGCUUUCCUCGAAGCUGGAUCGGUCCGGGCAAAAAACACAACCAACAUUCUGCUUAAAAACAUGCUCGAUGUUUGUAUUGGAGCGGUAGCUUACUGGGCCAUCGGCUACGCCUUCGCAUUUGGAAAGCAAGCAAAUGCGUUCAUUGGCUACCGGUAUUUCUUUUUCGAGAGUCUUCCGGCAUGCCUCUACUCUCACUUCUUCUUUCAUUUUGUGUUUGCUGCCACGGCGGCCACUAUCGUCUCCGGGGCCAUGGCGGAGCGUACGGAGUUUAUGGCCUACUUUGUCUAUUCCAGCGCCAUAACUGGAUUCAUAUAUCCAGUCGUGGUACAUUGGGCUUGGUCUAGCGAAGGUUGGCUUGCCAACGGACCAUCAGGUCUUGCUUACCAGGAUUUUGCAGGUAGUGGAGUGGUUCAUUGUGUCGGAGGAGCUGCUGCUUUGGUCGGAGCCGCCAUCCUAGGCCCUCGUAUUGGUCGCUACGAUGAGAAUGGCAAACCUAAAGAGAUCUCUGGUCAUACAGUCCCGAUGGUUGCUCUUGGUGGCUUCAUUCUCUUCUUCGGAUUCUUUGCCUUCAAUGGCGGUUCCCAAGCAAGCAUCUCGACAGAAGGCGAUGGAACUACGGUCUCUUUGGCUGUGGUCAAUACCAUCAUCUCAGGGGCUUGCGGUGCUCUGGUCGCCUUGGUCAUCAAGAGGAUUGGUUUCAGCGGAAGCUACUGGUCGCUUCUGACCACUAUCAACGGUGGAUUGACUGGAAUGGUUGCAAUCUGUGCUGGGUGUGACGCCGUAUACCCAUGGGGAGCAGCGAUCAUUGGUGCUGUAGCUGGUGCUGCGUACAUGAUGUGGAGUUCUAUGAUGGUUUCUGUCCGGGUUGAUGAUCCUUUGGAUGCCAUUGCAGUACACCUCGGAGGCGGCCUUUGGGGAGUGUUAGCGGUGCCCCUCUUCGACAUGAACGACGGCAUAGUUUUUACUUUCUCAAAGACCGCAUGGCAGUCCUUUGGUUGGAAUCUUCUGGGAGUCUUUGUCAUCACAAGCUGGACUUCUGUUCUUUCUUUAGUUCUCUUCGGUUUGAUGCAGGCUUGUGGCAUCCUUCGCGUCUCUCCGGAGAUGGAGAUGAAAGGUCUGGAUAUACCCAAACACGGUGAGCCUGCGUACCCCUUAGAAAGCUACGGACACGGAUGGGCCGAGUCUAACCAAGACAACGGUGUAAAUGGGCACCCACUCGGUCAAGUACAGGAAUAUACGAAUUCCGCCUUUGAGGGCGCUGUAGCGAUAGAUAAUCCUUCUUAUACCGACAAGGGAGACGGAAACGAUCUUCCUCUCUGAAACUUCAUUGCUGUUUUGAUAACCUCGCAUAGCAACACGAUGUGGCUAUGUUUCCAAUGUUGUUGGCCAUUUAGAAUCCAACCAAUUUUAGAACAAGUUUAUGGUUUACCUAUAACCCAAGUAGGUGACAUUAAGAUGCCCGAUAUUAUUCACGGUAAUGAAAAGAAUCUAACCUGAUCUAUUCGAAUUUAAUGAUUGUUCAAAAAUAUGUGAAACUUAUCAAAGGAGGUUGGAGUAAACUCCUUCAAAAUAUAACAAAUUAUAAACAUUUAUAAUGUUCUUUAUGAAACGUUUCAUACGACAAGCAGCCCUACUUGUCAUGCAAUAUAAACUCCACGAUUAUUAUUUUUUAAGGUUUAUGACGACUUGAUAGUGGAUGCGUACAUAAAAUAAUGUGUGAAUUGUUAGAUGCACGGGUCACCAACGUAACCAUGGUAACGAUCUCUCCCUGUGAAAACUAAAAACAAUGUCAGACUGGUGCUUAGUUUAUGCAACUUGAUUUUUUUUUUAUAUUGCUUAUCCGUACUCCUUCCAAUAGAUAAAGUGCCUUAAACAUCAUUGUUGUAAAUAUCUUUGCCAUCUCUUUUGUCCGAAUCGGUAUUAUUUUAUCAUCACCAUGUCAUCAUCAUCCCGAUCAUCUCACUACCGCCAGCAUCGUUAUUACAAAAACAAAAAGCAAGUGCCCUAAACAUUGUUGUUGUAAUUAUCAGCGUCAUAGAUAUCGUCCGAAUCAGCAUUACUUUUAUCAUCAUAAUUAUCAUCAUCCUCUCGCUACCGCCAGAAUCAUUAUUAUAAAAAAGCAAGGGCCUUAAACAUCAUCGUUGUAAUUAUCAAUGUCAUUUAUACCAUCCGGAACAGGAUUACUUUUAUCUUCAUAAUUAUCAUCAUCAUCUCGCUACCACCAGCAUCAUUAUUAUGUGGAAGAGCCGUGUUGUAGUGGUUCUGACUCUCGCCUUGUAAACAGAGGGUCGUGUGUUCGAAUCCCACCGCGGUCUAGCGUCCUUUGGCAAGGCGUUAAUCCACACUUUGCCACUCUCGACCCAGGUGCUAAAUGGGUACCCGGUAGGAUGCGAAAGACAUUGUACGUUUGAUUUUGCCAGCGCCAUAAUGAGGCUGCGAUGAAUGCAAGGAAUACUCCCCGGGGAGUGGAUAUUGUGCACUCUUCGUGCGGGAUUGAAAUGAAUCCAAUGACCGGGGUAAUAAUAUGCUGUAACGCGCUUUGAGCCAUUCAGGGAAAAGCGCUUUAUAAAAAUUGGCUAUUAUUAUUAUUAUUAUUACAAAAAAAGUAAAUGUCUUAAACAUCAUUGUUGUAAUUAUCAAUGUCAUUUUUAUUGUGCGAAUCUGCAUUAUAUUAGCACUAUCAUUAUAUCAUCUCAUACCGCCAGCAUUAUUGUUACUAAAAAGGUUAACAUACUCGCUAUUAUCACUGAUAUUAAUAGUAGUAGGGGUAGUAUUAAAAGUAGUAUAGAGUAGUUCAGUCACUGUCUUUCUAGCCAAGUCAUUCUAUUAGUAUAUUUUUUAAUAUCCAAUUUAUUGUUGAUUAAAUUAUGUAAUAUUAAUUUCGCAUUUCUAUGAUUAUUUAAACUCGUACAUUUUAUGGAGUAUGAUUUGUUAUUCUUGUGUAUUAAACUUAACAGUUUUUUGUGUAUUAAUAGUGAUAAACAUGACAACUUCAUAUUUUUAUACGCUGCAUAAUAAAUGAUCACAUUGAUUAUCAAACAA